GUGACUCGAGUUGUCUAGUAGCGGUUGGCCUAAUUUGCAUCACAUUUGAGAAUUUAUAAAAUAUAGUCUUUCAAAGACCUCUAAAACUUUUAAAUUGUGGUCACAAUUACUGUUGAAGAUCCUAAUCAUGAUUGAGAUUUGAUCCAAGUACGUAAAAGGGCCAGAGAGGAUCCACAUCCAUGUUUGAUAACUAACUUUACGCACUGUGAAAGACUUUGAAAGUCGUCAUUUUUGUUGUCACAAGACUAUCCUAAUCAGAAAGAGAUGACAACUGACAUAAACAAACAGAUGGGAUAGGUUUGGCUAUGAAUAGUUAAAUUGCUCACUUCUAAUGUGAUGAGAUCCAAGUUUAAAGAGAUGAUGAGGACCACUAUUGGAUACUUAUGAUGUCUAUUUAAAAACAUGGAGCUUGGGAUCAGAGUUUUAGAAAGAGCAAUGGACCAUUUACUAUCAUUUUUUUGGCAAACGACAUUGUAUAUUACUCUUUGCUUUGCUGGCUUGUUUGGUUGGCACAUCUUAUUUCAAGAAACAUGUGUUGAUGUGUAUCACCACAUAUUGUGUGUAUAUAUAAAAGAAGAUGCAGGUGGGUUGAUUAUGAGGGUGAAAAGUGGUAUAGUGAUUGGAGAGUUUUAUCAGAGAUGGGUGGUGUUGCAUGGACUGAAGAAGAGGAUCACUUGCUUAAGAAGUGUAUACAGCAAUAUGGUGAAGGAAAGUGGCAUAGGGUUCCUCUAUUGGCUGGUCUAAACAGAUGCCGAAAGAGUUGUAGGCUAAGAUGGUUGAACUAUCUUCGUCCUAACAUCAAAAGAGGAAACUUUGCUGAGGAGGAAGUGGAAAUGAUUGUCAAACUCCACAAAUUGUUAGGCAACAGGUGGUCCUUAAUUGCGGGAAGACUACCAGGAAGAACAGCAAACGAUGUGAAAAACUAUUGGAACUGUCAUCUAAGCAAGAAACUAAACGCUAUAGAAGCCGAUCAAGAUGGCUCACAAUUAUCCAAAGAAGUUCAAAUCAUUAGGCCACAACCAAGAACGAUUGCUUCAAGCUCAUCGAAAAAAAGAAGCCAAGGAGAGUCACAAACCGACCAAGUUCUAGCUCAACAAGAGAAAGACACAACAACAUUUGAUGCUGAUGGAAAGAAUCUUACGCUUGAAACACAAGAAGACAUGAUGAUGUAUUCAUGCUUGGACCAACAAGGAAUGGUUGGUGGUGAAUUUCCAAUGGAUUUUCAGUUAGAAGGAUUUGAAACUAUGGUAAAUGGAGGAGAGGGUUGUAGUAGUAGUAGUCAAUGGAAUUGGGACGAUUUGCUCUUAGAUAUGGAUAUGUAUAAUGAUUUUUCUUCUUAGAUUAUCAUCUCUUGUUGUGUAUUAAUAUCAAAGUUAAAUGUUUUUUAAGGAAAUGUUAGUUUAAUUGUUGUAUUUUGUAAAUCAAAGUCGUUGGCAUUUAAAUUAACCAAUAAAGUCGGCUUUGUGAGAUUAA